AUGACUUUCCUAUCUACAUCUGACCUGGUACCACUGUUCCAGCUAUUCGAUAGCUGCGAUGACAAAGCGCCCCACCGAGCCCGCUCCACCCAGAGCCGUACGGUUAAAUUUGCCCCGGCUUUCGACGUAUGCGAGGCCGGCGACCACUAUUAUCUAGAUGGGGAGCUUCCCGGCGUGAAUCAAGACAAUAUUGAUAUUGAAUUCCGCGAUGCCUAUACACUAGUGGUCAAGGGAAAUACCACGCGGAAUUAUCCCUCCACUGAGUCUCCCACCGGAUCCUCCCCGCGCUCGCGUCAACCUACCGUUGAAGAUGAAAACGAAUCUGCUUCCAAUGAUUCCGAUUCCGAUUCUACAGCCUCAGCCAGUUCAAGAAAGUCGACCCCAGUAGCGGACCCCCAAUAUCGAUACUGGGCAUCAGAGCGAUCCGUUGGCGAGUUCCAGCGUACUUUCAAUUUCUCAUCGCGUGUUGAUCAGGAUGCGGUUCGCGCUAGCCUGAACAAUGGUAUCUUGUCCAUUGUUAUUCCCAAGGAGGCUACGCCAACGGCAAAGAAGAUCCGCAUCCAGUAA